CUCCGACCGCCUUUUCUCCAACUUCCUUUUCUCAGACGUCUCUUCCACUAGAUCAUGGCAAGAGAUGUUCCAACGAGUCGUAGAGCGGUCUUGCUCGCCAUUUUCAUCGCGUUUGGAGGCUUCCUGUUUGGAUAUGACAUGGGUGUCAUUUCCGGAUGUCUGAUUAUGCCAGACUUCAUCCGCCGAUUCGGCCAAGAAGGAACGGAUGGCCAGUACUACCUGUCAAGUUCGAGACAAUCGAUCAUUGUCUCUCUUCUGUCGGCUGGCACAUUCUGUGGGGCCCUCGCUCAAGCGUUCACAUCUGAUCGGCUUGGACGCCGUGGAUCCAUUCUGUUCUGGUCGGCUAUCUUUACUGUCGGCGUGGCUAUCCAAACUGGCACGACAUACUCUCUUGUUCAGUUGGUCAUCGGGCGUUAUAUUGCAGGUUUAGGUGUCGGUUCAUUGUCAGCUAUUGUGCCCCUGUACAAUGGGGAAACGGCACCGAAAGCUAUUCGUGGUACAAUCUUGGUCAUCUAUCAAGUCCAAGUUAUCUCGGGCAUAUUUUUCAGUUACCUGUUUGAACUCGGAAGUCACACAAUCAACAACUCUGCAUCUUGGCGCAUCCCCAUUGGAUUGCAGAUGGUCUGGGGUAUCAUACUUUUGUCUGGAAUGUUUUUCCUUCCAGAAUCUCCCCGACACCUUCUCGGAACCGGACGAGGUGACGAAGCGCGUAAGGUCGUUGCAGAACUCAACGGAGUUCCUGAAGACGACCCUCUUGUUAUUGGGAUUGUAGAGGAACUCGAUUUUGCUAUCAGAGAAGAGAAUGAGGGUGGCAAAGCGACUUGGUUAGAAUGCUUCUCCACGAGAAAUGCACUGUGGCGUCGGACAAUAAAUGGCAUGAUGCUUCAAUUUAUUCAGCAGCUUAACGGCCAGAACUUUUACUACUACUAUGGCGACACCUUCUUUCAGAGUGCAGGUGCAGGGCUUUCACCUUAUAUCAUCCAGACGGUUCUUGGAGCGGUGUCAGUUGUUGGAACUCUCCCCGCACUGUACUUCAUCGAGACUUGGGGUCGCCGAAAGUCCCUGCUCCUUGGUGCAGCUGGGCAAGCUGUCUGUGCACUAAUUGUUGCUCUGGUUGGGCAUACUACCCUUGCACCUACUGGAACACCAACUUCAGCGCUCACUGCUCGUAAUAGAGCUGGGGGUGACGUCGUCAUUACUUUCGCAGUAUUUCAAGUGUUCAUCUUCGGCACGACUUGGGGACCUACUCCAUGGGUGUACCUAGGAGAGUCUUUCCCUCUUCGAGUACGCCCCAAGUCAAUUGCUCUCGGCAGCGCGACAAACUGGUUCUGGAACUUCAUGCUUUCGUUCUUCUCUCCAAGGAUUGUCGACAAGAUUGGUCCAAUGAUAAUGUUGGUCUUCUUCGGCCUGCUCGUCUUUGGAUACAUCUAUGUGUAUUUCGCGAUCCCAGAAACCAAAGGUCUAACUUUAGAAGAGGUGGACGAGUUGUACCGCUCUGGCAUCCCACCCUGGCGAUCAGUAGGCUGGCGACCGAGUGAGAAGCAUUAUCAUCACGAAGUGCAUGAGAAACGAGCGUCGGACUCUGUGGAGAAUUCCUGAAAUAUAUGUGUAUAACCGGCAAGCUUACAACGAGACGAACAACAAUGCGUUGUGUUUCAAUCAUAUUUUAUGCAAUCAAGUGUUA